ACUCUCGCGCUGGCUGGAGGGGCGGCCGGCAGCUGGCGCUGGCCGAGGCGGCGGCGGGAUGGGACGCGCGCUGGGGCGCAGGAGCCGCGGCGCCGGCGGGGGCCGCGCAACUCCGGCCAAGUGCAGGGCGGGCGCGCGCUGAGCCCGGGCGCCGUCUGCAGCCGGCGGCCGAGCGCGGAGCUGAGAGGUGCGGGAGGCGGCGGCGCAGGAGCGAGCGGAGCCCGGCGCCGGCUCCCGGGAGGACCAUGCGGGCCCCGGCCGCGUCGCUCGGGCUGCUGCUGGCGCUGAGCGCGCUCCGCUGCGCAGAGAGCACAGGUCGAGGCGCUGCAGACAGCCUGCAGAGGUUUUCUUCCCUGCCCGCCUAUCUCCCAGCCGGCUUCCACGUCACCGAUGCAGAAGAGGCUUUCUUCCUCAAGGAGGCCAACCAGGACCUCAUGCGCAAUGCCAGCCUGCAGGCCCGAUCCGCCACACUCUUCAUCCACCGAGCCCAGAGCCCUCCGGCCAUCAAUGCCAGCUACGGUCCCUUCUCAGUAGAGAAGACGGUGCCCUGGGACUUCCUGCUCAUGCCCACUCCUUUCGGAAAUAUGGAGAGGUUCCCUUUCAACUGGAGGCUCAAAUCCCAUAUCCUCGACAGCUCCAUCUUUUCCAACAGACCUAAAGUGCAGACACUGUUCUAUGUCACUGGCAUGGGCUGGGAUGAAAAUGACCCUGGGGAUGAUCUUCCGUGUGUCAAGAUGUUUGCCUUCCCAGAGGCCAGGGAGGUGGCAGCCAGCUGCCGGCUGCAGGGGGCUCCUGGGUUGUGCGUGGCAGAGCUGGAGUUGUUGCCUGAGUGGUUCAGCUCAGGUCUGGACCUUGAACCUCAAGAGGAGAUCCCAGCAUUGCUGGGUGGCACAGCCAUGGAACUCUACUUUGCACUUUAUCCAGCCAACGAGGCUGGCCAGUGCCCACUGGAGGAGGAGGGCAAAUGGGAAAACAAUAUCCACUCAGAACAGGAGGAGCCUCAGCCAGUGCUCCCUGCUCGGGAAAGGAUCGGCAGCGUGGUGGUCUACCCUACCCAGGAUGACCUGCGGUGGUCCUUGGUGACCCUCGAUGACAAUGUGGCCCUUUCGAUCCCUCUGAACCUCAUCCGAGAAGGGGACACGGCCACCUUUUUGGUUUCUCUCACCAGUGGCUCCCUGGCAGAGAAGUUCACUCUUCGAAUCAAGGCGGCUGCAGGUGUGAAGAUAACGGCUGUGCGGGUGAGCCACGAGGACCAGUGGGCAGUGCAGGAGGAGAUUGAGCAGGACGGUACCCAGACCACGGCUGUCCUGUCCUGCAUGGGCCACCACCCGGACACCCAGAGCAGGGCAAACGGCUCCUUCUAUGAGAUUCUGCAAGUGGACUUUGGAGUCGAUAACAGCAGCAGCCUUGCUGGGGCCCAGCAAAUCACCUGGCAGGUAGAAUAUCCUGUGGAAGACUCCAUGAGUGAGCUCUUCGUCUCUGAGAUCUUCAUCAGCCAGACGACCUUUGUGGGCAUUGUCCCUCUCACCAUGGACACAGAAAUUUUGAACACCGCCAUUCUCACUGGGAAGCCCGUCUCGGUUCCCGUCAAGGUCGUGGGGGUUCAAGAAGAUGGAUCUGUGGUGGAUGUGUUGGAGUCUGUGGAAUGCAGGUCUGCCGAUGAAGAUGUUGUGAAGGUCUCCAACACCUGUGAUUCUAUCUUUGUGAACGGGAAGGAGAUGAAGAGCAAAGUGGGCACGAUUGUCAACUUCACCCACCAGCACUUCACUUCCCAGGUGGAGAUCACUGUCUGGGUGCCCCGCCUGCCGUUGCAGAUUGAGAUCUCUGAUACGGAGUUGAGCCAGAUCAAGGGCUGGAGGAUCCCAGUGGCAUCCAACAGGAGACCCACCCGGGAAAGUGAUGACGAGGAGGAUGAGGAGAAGAAGGGGCGAGGGUGUACCCUGCAGUACCAGCAUGCCCUGGUGCGUGUCCUCACUCAGUUUGUAUCUGAGUCACCUGACCUGGGUCAGCUGACCUACAUGCUGGGCCCUGAUUGGCAGUUUGACAUCACCAACCUGGUAACCGAGUUUGUGAAGGUGGAGGAGCCAAAAAUUGCCCAGUUACAGAAUGGCAGGAUCCUGGCAGGACGGGAGCCGGGCAUCACCACUGUGCAGGUCCUCUCGCCUCUCUCUGACUCCAUCCUUGCAGAGAAGACGGUUAUUGUCCUCGAUGACCGGGUCACCAUCACAGAGCUGGGUGUACAACUGGUGGCUGGCCUGUCCCUUUCCCUGCAGCCUCACAGGGCAGACAAAAGGGCCAUCGUCUCCACGGUGGCUGCUCAGGACGUUCUCCAAGCCCCACAGCAGGAAGCCAUAGUCAGUUCUUGGAUUUUGUUCAGUGAUGGCGCUGUGACACCUUUAGAUAUUUACGAUCUCAAGGAUUUCUCAGUGACCGUUUCCUCAUUGGACGAGAUGGUGGUGUCCGUCCAGCCAAACCUUCAGACCAGAUGGCCAAUCGUGGUUGCCGAGGGUGAAGGACAAGGGCCCCUGAUCAAGCUGGAAAUGUCCAUCAGCGAGUCUUGUCAGAAGAACAAGAGGAAGAGUACCCUUGCCGUGGGCAAAGGAAACGUCAAGGUGAGGUUUGAACCUGGGAUGCACGAGCAGCAAGGAGGCAGCAAUGACAUCGGUGGCAUAAACCGGGAGUACAAAGGCCAUCUCAGCAAUUCCAUAGAGCGCGAGGGAAGCCAGGAGCGAGCAGCCCAGGAGUGGUUCCAACACGGCACACCGGUUGGCCACGAGGACAGGACCAACAAGAGCACAACCCCACAGUCUCCAAUGGGAGGAAAACUCCUCAAAGCGGGAGCAGAUGCCUUCACCAGCUUCCCCACCCAAGGGAAGUUACCAGAAUCCAGUAACCCCGGUGACCUCACGAUGACCUCCAGGGGGUUAACGGAUUUGGAGAUCGGAAUGUACGCCCUGCUCUGUGUCUUCUGCUUGGCCAUCUUGGUCUUCCUGAUCAACUGCGUGGCCUUUGCUUGGAAGUAUAGGCACAAAAGGUUCGCGGUGAGCGAGCAAGGCAACAUCCCGCAUUCUCACGACUGGGUGUGGCUCGGGAAUGAGGUAGAGCUCCUGGAGAACCCUGUGGACAUCACUCUCCCCUCGGAGGAGUGCACAACCAUGAUUGACAGGGGUCUGCAGUUCGAGGAGAGGAACUUCCUGCUGAAUGGCAGCUCCCAGAAGACUUUCCAUAGUCAACUGCUUAGACCCCCUGACUAUGUGUAUGAGAAAGAGCUGAAAAAUGAACCUAUGGGUUCCUCCGGCCCAAAGAGGAAGAGAGUCAAGUUUACUUCCUACACCACCAUCCUCCCCGAGGAUGGGGGCCCAUACACCAACUCUAUCCUGUUUGACAGUGAUGACAGCAUCAAGUGGGUCUGCCAGGAUAUGGGGCUGGGGGACUCGCAGGACUUCAGAGACUACAUGGAAAGACUACAGGACCAGAUGUAAAGUCCUUUCUUAAGUUUGUAUUCACCUUUAUGCCUUCUGUUUUCUGAGCGAUGGAACAGUGGGUCUGAUCAGCAAUAGGGGGUGACUCAACAAAGUGUCAGAGUGGGGGGGUGUCUGGAGGGAUCCCUCUCUAAGUGGGUAUCAGCAGCCUGGAGGGCUCAGGCUCAAGCUAGGUGAUGUCUGUCACACUGGCUCCUGGGGAUGGGAGACAUUCAGAGACAGCAGCCUGGCGGUAGACACGACCCCACAGACACUGUUAGUCACCUCAUGACCAAUGGCCGUGUGUAAUCAGGAGUGUUCUGGAUGGUGAUUUUUUUUUCUCUAUUUCUAGCCCUUUUAAAGCACAGUGGACACUCAUUGCGCGUGGCCUGAGUUCAAAUCUAUGUGGUGGAAGAUGAGUGAGUGUAGCCUCCUUAGCUGUCAGGAGUAAGGCUCAUUAUUUUUAUAUACAUCUGGACUUGCACCUGUUCUUUUGACCUUACAUUUUUUUUUUGAGGGGGAGGGGUUGUUUCGGAAGCACUUAAAGAAGAGCUUGUUUGAUGUUCCUUGUUUAUUCCCUGGAGCUCAUUGUGUCUUGCCAUACGGAGUCUCCAUACAGGAUAUCAUAUAUAUAUAUAUUUUUAACUUUGUUGCUGAGGACAGUGUUGUCUCUCCUUCAUGACAUUGGUAUUUCUCAUCUAUCUUGGGAACAGGGGUCUGACUGGAGACCUAGGAGAGGGUUUUUUAAAAAUUUUCCACAUGAAAUUUAACAUAUUUAGAGAAAAGUUCUGUCACAAACAUGUUUUGUGUCGUCUACUUGUUAGUUGUUUGUGAAUCUCCUGGGGGUACAGUUCUGAGGGAAGAAAGGCUCCAAUACCACAAUAUGGAUAUAAGUCCUCUGUGCUCAAUGCAAUGUAUUAAUUCAAACAAACAAACAAACAAACAAACAAACAAAAACAGGACUGAGGGGCUGGAGAGAUGGCUUGGUGGUUGAGAGUACUUGUUGCUCUUGUAGAGGACCCGGAGUUCAGAUCAUAGCACCCACAUGGUGACUCACAACCUUCUGUUAACUCCAGCUCCAUGGGAUCUGAUGCUCUCUUCUGGCCUCUGUGGGUACUACACUCAAGCGUGAAUACACAGACACACAUUCACAUAACUUAAAAAAAGCAAACAAACAAAUCUUUCAAAAAUCAGGAUUCAUUUAUACAACAAAGAUAUGAAGAGAUAGCUUUGUAUGAAACUCUCCACUUUGCAGAUGAAUUUUAAAAAAAAUAAUGUUUCAAAUUAGCAACAUAGAGAAGUCAUCCAUACAAUGACUGAAAAAAAAAAAAUCUCUGUUGUCAUUCAGAUAGAGAAGAAAGCAUCUCAAACAUCUUUUCAUAGAGAAAACAAUGGUUUCCCCAACUUCAUAAUUAUCAAUGACUGUCCCAGAGCCCAAGGAUCACCUUUUACAAACAAAGCACGGAAUUAAAAAGAUUUUUGCAUAAUUUCCAAUAAAAGUGCUGUUUAUAAGCAUCAUGAAUAGCCUUGAGAAAGACAGGGAUUUUUGGCUUAGCCAAAUGUGACAUUUUUGUUUAUCAUAAUGGUGUAACUAGAAAAGCAGAUACUAGACUAGUAUGCCUCAUGGUGAACUAACUGAGCCAUUGUCAGCUCUCAAAAAAUGGGAUUUUUAAAGGCCCAAAGCCUGAAGCACAUGCAGGAGGUCACUGAUGUCAAAGGGCUGACCUCUGAACCUCUCAAGGAGACUUUUUCUUAUUCCUCUGCUCUCAUUUUAUACAUGUCCAGGCUGGAAACGUGGCAGCCGUGCCUCCGGUAGCCAUGAUGGGACAGCUAAGAUGUUCUCCCUGCCUCUCCCACCCCCAGCACUGCAAUGUGCUUACAAACAGGGCUGGGCAUGCAGGUCCUAUGCUAUAUCCCCCAGAAGUAUGUUCGCUUGCUUUUGUGUUUAGAAUGGCUCCUGGGAAUGGAAGGUACUGACUAAAGAAGGAAGCUGGAACAUACAGGCAUUGCAUGAACUUGGCUGACAUAUGCUACUGCCAAGAGCUCUCUGGUUAGCUGGCUGUUUCUGGAAAGGCUGGAGCAGAGCUGGUAGUCCCAAAACACCUGUGCAGAGCAGCAGAUUUACCAAUACGUUUCAGAUCCUUUUUAUGAGCCAUUUAAAGUCCUAUCUUCCAUCACAGAAAUAAUGGGAACUCAUUUCUGAAAGUGAGGUCCCUCCCUGGAAGCAAGGACACACAAAGCAGACUGCCUCCUCUUGGUUUAGGUGGGGCCUUGGGUUAGCCUGUAAUUUAGCAGGAAAUUACCAAGGGUGAUACAAGUAAGCAUUGCUUGUGAUUGACAGGCUUUCAAUGCGGGUGGGGCUCAGAGGGCAGAGGAGCUGACUAUGGUCCUGAAGAUGUCUCCACUGCCCUCUUAGACAUACUCAGUGAAUUAGCUUCUGUGCACAUUCACGGUGUUGUUGUGUUAGGACACCAUCAGUUUAAAUCAAAGUUGAGUGGCAGGUUCUGAUGGAAAGCUCCCUUUUAACAUAUAUGCAGACACAUAUAUACAGACAUAUAUGCAGACACAUAUAUACAGACACAGAUAUGCACGUGUACCCACAUCUGUGCGUGUGGAUACCAAGGUGUCACAGACUCAGUCAUUUGCUGGGAAUCUAAAGAGCCUGUCAGUCAUUCUCAGACUCACCUUGGGAAGGGCUCAGCAUCGCAGUGUCAUAGAAACAUCUUAAGCCCUAACUGUCCCUUGUAGGCUAUAAACUGUGGCUAUCUCAGAUUAUGUGGCUUACUUGAUUUUUUUCAUCAAGCAAGCUAUGAUUUCUGUGUUAGCCUCUGAAAUACAUGGACUAGAAUGAGGGAGAUAGCAUAAACUAUCAAGCCUUAAAAUCAAAAUCUCCAGGGCCCUGCAUUUGCCUGGAUUUCAGUUUUCAUGGCUGAGAUAUCUAAAUUAUAACUCUUGAUAAAUAAUCUGAUCCAGAUGUGCGUUAUCGAGUCCUUUCCUCUGCCAUGAGAGUGAUGCUUGUGAGAAUAGAUUCUUCCUGGGGGAGUUAGGAGAGGGCAAAGGUUGUGAGCUCUUUGGCCAUACAGAGGGAGGUUGAUGCAUGAGAUGGGCAAAGGUUGUGUGACCUGGGACAUUCAGAGACAAUGCAGUGACCAUCUUCAGGAUUUGUAUGUGAUGCUUUUGGGGUUAAGGUAUAGGGACUUUGGAGGUAGGUGCCACAUGAAAGGACUGGAGCUGGGGGAUAGGUGUGCUGGACUUAAGAGACUCAAAUACAGUGGGAUAUUUGGCCAGAAGAGCAACAUGUAAACAAUGUCAGAAAACUAUCUACCUAGCACACUGGCCAGUUGCAUGGUUUUCCCAGACCCUGGCAAUUCUUAACCAUCUAGAUGGGAAGUUUCUACUUACAGACAUGAAUACGGCCAAUACAUGCAUUGAUUCUGUUUUACUCUCUUGGCCACACCUAUGGACUGAAGUAAUUUGCACCUCAUUUAAGGUUUAGGAAGCCACCUUUGGGUAUUCUCAUCAACCUUUUUGUUUGUUUGUUUCAUUCUUUUGGGGGCUGGAGAGGAGAGAGAAAGCUCAGCCAGUAGAAUUUGCUGCAUAAGCCCAAGGAUUGGAAUUUGACUCUCAGCAUCCACAUAAAAAUCCAGGCGCAGUGGGUGGUGUAUGCUUAUAAUCCCAGCACACGGGGAAUCAGAGACAGGCAGACACCUGAGACUUCAUUUCUAGUCAGCCUAAUUGGCAAGUUCCAGGUCCAAGUCAGAGGUCCUGUCUCAACACACACAGAGAGAGAGAGAGGGGGGGGAGAAUUAAAAUGAAGGGGCUUUCCAAUAGUGGGACCACACUGAAGCUGUGCCCAUCAGUGAGGAGUCUCCCAGUCCCCAGCAGUGACCAUAGACAGUGUUUUCUGAAUCCUAUCUUUAGCCCAUUGGGUUUUCUACUCUGGUCACUUAAAGAGGGUCACAUUUCUCAAUUCAGGUCACUGUAAAUGACACCAUGGAUGGUUUAUAAACCGUUCCUUUCUCCUUCAUCAAAACUGUAUUUGUAUAAUGCAAUGCAUCUCACCUGUCACAUAGAGGGUGGAUGGUGGGACAGAGUUUUGCUGAAUUACAGAACAGCAGCUAUUUUUGUAUGUAAUAUAGGCAAUAUAACGAAGCUGUGAACGGUGUAUUGGAAUAAAUACAUUUAAAAAUAAAAGCAUGUGAAAAUGUAGCUCUUAAGUGUACAGACAUCCAGCUCAACAAUAUUUAAACGGAUGAUGGGAAAAGUUUUGGGGCCUGACGUUGAACAAUACACCAUGUUAGGAAUUCUGACCUGGAAGGACAUUGUGGCUCUCAUGCUGGGAUUGUCGAUGGAAUCUUCCAGAACAUUUUGAUCUUACUCCUCAUUACUUUCUGAUUUUUUUUCCUCCCUCCUCCCACCCCACAAUGGAAAUAUUUCAGAAAUAAAAUGACUUCAUUUUUCAGCAUAAAGGUAUAUUCUAACCACAGGGUAACUCGUCAUUUUUAACAUGGAAAUAAACAUUUGAACAUUCUUCAA